GUCAAAGUGGGAUCAACGGCACGGAGCUUGCUGCAGAAGAGUGCGACGCAUCGCGGACCCUCGCCCUCUCGCGAUCUUUGCGCGAACCAUGUGACUCGGGCUGCUUGCCCAUAGUUUACAGUUUUCCAUUCAAUAUGGCUUGUAGAGAGCAGCACAAACAUUGAUAUUUUGGAAAGCUUUGCCAAAUUUAGCUAGUUAACUUUUGCAAGUCAACUGCGCUUUCAUGUAAUUCCGUGGUGACCGUUCGACCGGCAGAAAAUUCGAUUUGCCAUUAAGGAUGCAUCAGUGGAGCCCUGUCUGAUUUUUUGAGCGGUUCAGCAGACGAGAAAGUGAAUUUAUAAGUGCGAGCAUGUCGAGCAAGUACAAAUUCUACACGGGCCGAGGCCGCGGGUCAUCGAGAGGUAAGCCAGUGCCCACAACAAACAUCACCUUCGGCAACAACGUCCUCGAGAUCCAGAACAACAAAAGACCCACGGCAGCCAAAUCUGCCGGCACCGUCGGUCGCUGGGGAAUCACGUCCUUCACGUCACUUCGCAGCGUUAGUUCGAAUGGUUCCGAGAGCGUUGCUUCAGAGGCGACAAACAAGAGGAAAGUAGCAGAGUAUCCUCCUGCCGGAGCAGCAUCGCCAUAUCCAAGUGUGGCGCCGAAAGCAGCUUACCGACCACGAAAGUUUUUCAAAAGCAGGAACGCGGACAAGGAAGGCGAAUCUCAGACAAGCACGCCUGCGGUCUAUGGAGGGCCAAACAAUGCCAGAAACACUGUCAAUCAGUAUCAGCCCACACCCAGGCCCCAACCAAUACCUGACAAACCAAGAAUCAGUGAUGCUUCGGUUGAGUCCAACCUAUCCAGCGAGGCGAAACCGCCAAUAAAGCUCAGGAUAUUCACAACCAAAGGUACAUCACAAAUCGUCAGUGGAACUGAGGAGAGCGGAGACGAGUCAAACGAUGCUUCCUCGCCUGUGCAUGACCAAGAUGAUGAGGAUGAGGAGAUGGCACAGGAUGAUGAGGAGGACAAGUGUUCCUUUCGUGCCCAAGCUGAAGAUCAAAAUCCGCCUGCCGCCCAGGAGGUACCCGACGAGAUUGAGAUGGCAAUGAGCCGCAUCCACGAAGUUGCUGAGCAGAGGGAGGCCGCCAACGGCCAGAACUUCCAGCAGAUCGAGGCCAGCGACAAAGCGACGCUGGAGGAAGCGGACGCGCUGCUGAGCAACACCUUCGUUGACUACUCCACUACAGAGAAGCUGCUGAUCGACCCGAAGCAAAUCCUGCCAACGCCGACGUCGUCUUCAAAGAACAUCGCCAACGACUGGUACUCUGACAAUGAGGAGGAGGAGGAGAACUCGACGCCCAUGCCAGUGCCAGACGUGGCUCCGCAAGUGCCUAUGCAGUCAGCCGCGCCGGUGGAAAUCGCACAACCCACUGAGCCAGAGGAGUUGCACGAGGAGCACUACUCGCAGCCGGAAGUUCACAACGCGGAGAAGAAGGGCAGCAUCUUCAAGAGCAGGAGGCUCUUGAGCAGCGGACCAAAGAAGAGACUCUUUGCCCUCUAUAAGCACAAGUGGAGUGACGACAAGGAGGAGAAGGAAAAGGCAGCCCUGGCCGCCACAACGUCGCAAGCCACCAGCGAGAACAAGCUGGACGCCUCUGUGUUUGACGAAGACUUUGGCGAGACGCCCGUCCUCACCAGGACGGUUAAGCGAGUCGCGGACACGAGUGGCGACAACGAGGAAAUCACGGGUUUCCGGUGCAACAAAGCUGCCAGAGAGUACUACACUGUUGUGCGGGAUGUGAAAAAUGCUCACCAAAUUCAAGAGACUGGAGAAUUCUACGUGUUUAACGACGACGUCGACUACAUUUUGGACUCUCUGGCGGACAACAACCCCAUCGCGACCAGGUGUUUGUCGGCCAUCUCGCUCGCUUCCAAGUGCAUGAUCCCCGCGUUCCGCAUGCAUCUGCGGGCGCACAACGUGGUGGCCAAGUUCUUCAGCGCGCUGCACGACGCAACCUCCGAUCCGAGUCUCGCCUUGUGCACGGCCACAGUCAUGUUCGCCAUGAGCCAGGAUCAGUUGGCCAUGGACCUGGAGAGGUCCAGCUUGGAGCUGAUGCUCAAUUUGCUGGACACGGAUGCCAACUACGCCAACGCCUUGGACGCGCUGGUGCAGGAGGGCAUAAGUUGCUCGCAGCUGGAGAAGAACAAGCAGAAGGUCAGAGAGGUGUGCGAGGACAUCAAAAGCAAGGGCCACGCCAAGCAUCUCAAUCUGGACAACAUCACGGUUGGAAACUUGGCCAUGGAAACUUUGCUGAGCCUCACUUCCAGAAGGGCCGGCGAGUGGUUCAAAGAGGAGCUGAGGGACCUCGGUGGACUGGAGCACAUUGUCAAAACCGUGUCUGCCUGUUGCCACGCGCUCUCAGCGAGAGAGCCCACGAUCUGGAGCGAGUCUGACCUGGCCAAGAUGAAGAAGGCUGACCGGUGUCUCAGGGUUUUGUUCAAUCUGACAAGCAAGAACCUGGACAACCAACUCUACCUGCUCACCUAUGAAGGUGGCCAAAUUAUUCCUAUAUUGCUCAAGCUGCUGAAUUUGUGUCUGCUUGAAAUUCCUCUCAAUCCUAUAUCCACCGAUAAGGAGAGCCUGUCGACCACCGUUCGAGAGACACUGCUCUCCGUAACUAAAUUCCUAGUUGAUCUCACUCACAAUUCUGACGGCAAAGCCCUUGGCAGCCAAAUGCUUGGCGAGCAGCCAUGCAUCGUGGACAUGUGUUUGACUUGUGUUCUGCGACUUCCGCACUACUACCCAGAGGAGAAGCAGUUUGACGUCAUGGUUGUGGGUCUUUGUAUGCUCAUCAACAUGGCGGAAGCACCCGUGAUCAACCGAGAGCUGAUCAUGAAUUCUGUGACGCCACCAGACUUUGAAAAGCCUUACUUGCCGCCUCAAACUGCUAUUGACGCCCUCAUUGAGCUCUUCAUGAAAAAUGAAGCUAUUGCCAAGAUCGAGGAGGCAAACACAGACACAAUCCUUGACUCCAAGAAAGAGGAGAUCAUUCCUAAGGAGGAGCAGGCCACCAAAACGCCAGACGAAAUUUUCAACGACAUCGUUGAGAAACUGCUUCAAAAGGCUGGCAGGAACAUGGAAUGCAAUUUGAUCCAAGCGUACAUUUCCAUGCUGAUAACUUACCUGGUUAUGGAUAAUAAGAACUACGAGUUCCUUGUUCGGGAGAAACUGCCAGAGAAAAACUUCCAGUCCAUGCUUAAAGUUCUCAAGAAGUUUGUCAACUUCAUGGUCCUAACUAUCUCGACUGUCAGCAAGAGUCGCAGCAUAGUUGACACUGAGAGACUGAUAGAGUACCUGAAAACAAUCGAUAGAGACCACAUAAAAGAGGAGGUGGAAGAGGCCUGCUGAGACCUGCCUCCAGAUGCCGAGGACUGCGGCCAAACCUAGUUUGGCCGUCUCUCGAGCAUCUGCGUCGUCAGAAUUGAAUUCAGCUGUGCAGACGUGGACAUGAUUAGAGUGUGCCCAAAGUGAACUCUAAAAUGAACUCAAAUUACCAGAAAGCUGCUCAUGGAGUGAAAUUCAUUACCUAUUAUUAUUACUAGUUGAUUAAUUAAGUUAUUGCCAUAGACUAGUGUAUUUAAAAGUAUUGAUAAGCGAUGCUAAAGUUGUACAUAUUAUCAACUAAAAUCGUAAGAGCUCAUUCCACUCGGCAAUCUAUGUAAUAUUACAUUGUAUUUUGCACAACUAGCGUUGCGAGAAAGUGUUUUAAGUUAUCGUUUUUUCUACCAAAUCGUUUUUUUUUGCUGAGCGUUGAGCCAUCAAUUUUGCCGGAUCAGGGCGCUUAGAUGCUUUGUACAUAUAUUCUCGUAAUAAAUUAAUGGACACAAAUUUUCAAACCAA